AUGGAACCGGUGGAGUUCCUCGGGAGACCGUUGGCAAGUAUUGUGGACCCACAAGAUGCAGACAUUCUGAAGAACGCCGUGGCUCGAGUACUGGACUCGGCCUGCGACAACAAUGGCACCACCAGCACGGCGCGUCAAAGGGCAAGCAAGCUCUUGAGGUAG